AUGCCGGCGGUGGCGGCUGGCGCGAGGUACUGGAGCGACGAGGCGUACUCGAAGUUCUAUGGGGGCAGCGAGGCCGAGCAGGGCCUGGUGAACAGGCCCGCGUGCGGCAGCGCGGAGAGCCUGAGCAGCAGGCAGCUGGACGACUUCCAGGCCGCCUUCGCUGAGUGGAGCGCCGGCGCCGGGCAGCUCCGGGCCCCAGACUUUCGCCGCUUCCUGCUGCAGCUCGGCCUGGACCUGUCCCCCGCCCAGGCCCGCGCGCUGUGGGCCCACGCGGCGCCGCCCGACGCCCGGGAGGCGGCCCCGCCGCCGCACCUCGGCCACGCACAGGUGCUGGAGCUGUACCGCCAGGUGCUGGAGAACCCCCUGGAGUUCAAGACGGGCCUGCGGGCGUGCCCGCCGGGCAAGGCCCCCCCGCCGCAGGAGGCACCCUGUGCACCGCCGCCGGGCCUGGCCAGACCCACCCUGGACCAUGCUGUGGAGUGCGGGAGCCCUGGGCCAUGA